AUGUUUGAGAAGGUGUCUGGUUUAAAAGCAAAUUCUGAAAAAACAACAAUCUAUUUUGGGAAUGUUGAAGAAAGAGUUAAGCACAACAUCUUAAGUCUUACUGGUUUUGUAGAGGGUUCAACCCCUUUUAAGUAUCUUGGUGUCCCUCUUAAUUCAAGAUACUUGAAGGUUUCUGACUUUGAUGCUCUGAUUGACAAGAUGCUGCAUAAAUUGAAAGGCUGGUCUAGUAGGAAUCUUUCAUAUAUAGCAAUAGUUGUUUUGAUCAAAUCAGUUUUAAUUAGCUUACAUUCUUAUUGGGCUCAAUCUGUCUUAUUUCCCAAGUAUGUUUGUAAAUCCAAGAAGGUUGGUGGUCUGGCUAAGAAAAAGGACUCUCUUUGGGUUAAAUGGGUUCAUAAUGUGUAUGUUAAAUCUGCUGACUGGUGGUCUUAUGCUCCAAAAAAAGCUGAUGGUUGGGCUUGGAAGAAAAUUUGUAAAAUAAAGGAUGAGCUUAGGGAGGGUUGCUUGACUGAAAAGUGGGAAGAGAAGAAUUACUCUAUUGCUGCUGUGUAUUCCUGGUUUCAGGGUGCUGGUGAGAAGGUGGGUUGGACAGAUUGGGUUUGGAAUAGGUAUAAUAUUCCUAAAACAAGUUUCAUAGCUUGGUUAGCAAUGUUAAAUAAGCUGAGAACCAGAGACAAGUUGUUCAAGCAUGGAGUCUGUGAUACUGACAAACGCCUGCUAUGUGAUACUGUCACUGAAUGUCAACAACACCUGUUCUUUGCCUGUCCCUAUAGCAGACGUUGUAUACUGAUUAUUAGUAGGUGGCUUGGAAUUCAGGAGGCUAUGUUCAAUGGUGGUAGAUCGGGUUCAGCAGAUUAUAGGUGGAAAAUGGAAAAGACAUCACUGUCAAUGGCUAUAGACCUUAAGAAACAGUAUACCAGCCUGAGUUGGUGA